GAUGCUUGGGAGGGAAAGAAGGUUGAGAUUCUGGAGAUAGCAGAUAGGAUAGAGGUGAAGAAGGGGUUCUGGUACCAGUAUGUAAGAAUAUGUAAGAGCUGUUCGUAAAGAGAAACAAAAGCUGAGAAUUCAGAUGACCUCAAACAGCUGUAAGAGGCUUUAUUUAAUGCCUCAGGGGUAGAUUCUCUAGUUUGGACCACACUCUGAUCAGGGCACAGGAACCAGUCACUCAGUAACCAGAGUUCAGAAGAAUGAAGAUUACAUGCUUCAACCCUCUGGUUUUGUAGCUAAGAAUCAGGAAGUGGAAGGGGGCUCUUUAGAGGCAGAAUGGGGAGUUUGCUGGUUCCCUUAUACAAGCUGUUUUUUGAAACUACAGGGUCUGUUGUCUGCUUUUGCAGUCACUGGGUGUCUGGGAUUGGGGGCAGCUGCUUUUCUUCUGCUGUCCCCAAACAUCUGGCUUCCCGGAACUUUGAAUUCAGUUUCAGAGCCUUGGCUUUUGGGAGAAGACAAAGGGGUUCCUUUACUCUCCUUUUCCUGAGUCCUAAAAUCGUCCGACAUUGACAACUGGCCAUCUACUGUAUGGAAAAGCCUUUUCAUUUACUAAAAGCUGGAGUUAAAGCGGGCACUUCCUGGCCUGCAAACAAAAUGACUUCAGUGGCUGGUUUAGAAAUUCCCUGCUAAGGAAACAGCUUGUGGAUAGAGUGCAGCCAGCCACAAAGCCCUUAGUUCCAUCCCCAGGACAAAGUGAGAGAAAAGGUCCAAUAUGAAUGUCUCAAUGGCAUGCUGCUAUAGAGUGAGGUCAUGUGAGGGCUUUAGCUAGGAGACGUGGUUUUUCUUCCUGGUCUACUAUACCCCAGGGUACAGAUGACGGACAAAAGCUCACCGUGGCCGUUUGCUAGGCAAGACAGGAAGCCUGAACUAUUAAGAAAAUGCUAAGGAAGUUUUCAACAACUGCUGUUGGCCUCAGCACUCACAGAAUUCAGAAUCCGUUCAUUAAAAUCGGGACAAUAAUUCCUUGUUAAUUACUUUAUGUUGCUGUGGGGACCUCAAGGCCAAACAAAGCUCUCAGAAAAGUAGAAAGAGCAAUUCAGAGUAGGACUGUUGACUGGCGACGUCAUAAUCCGCACGUUUGGAAGUUUCCUCCCCGCUGGUGCAGCAGGAAAGCAGCAAGCAGAAGGCGAGAAGGCUGCAUCGCACUGGUACCGGCUCCGGAAGAAGAAAAGAAAUCCAGCUCGACGUGAAGCAAAGGAGAAUCUCUAGCAAUCUCCAAAGCCUCGGAAGGUGAUCCCAGAGCCUUGGUGUCCGAAGCCCACUCUGCCAGCCCUGGGCACCUGUGCCUUGGACAUCCUAAAACCGGCAAUCUCAGGUCUGCAGCCACCGGGUCGGCUCGCGAGGGCCCCCUGGCGCCACCACCGAACACUGCGGCUCGCGGCUCGCGGGGCGGGGCGGCCAGACUAGCCCAGGGGUGUGGGCGGGGUCUUUUUUGCGCGGACUGAUGGCGUCAUCGAAGCGACUGGCCCGGAAGGAAGUAGCGUGCUGAGGGGUGUGGCGGUUUCUACGGUUGCACGGGGCUUCAGACGUGUACGGAGCGCCUGGAGGGACAGCCUGGAUACAGGUUCACUGAUGGCUCAGUUAGGAGCAGUUGUGGCAGUGGCUUCCAGUUUCUUUUGUGCAUCUCUCUUCUCUGCCGUGCACAAGAUAGAAGAGGGACAUAUUGGAGUAUAUUACAGAGGUGGUGCUCUGCUGACCUCCACCAGUGGCCCGGGUUUCCAUCUCAUGCUCCCGUUCAUCACAUCCUAUAAGUCUGUACAGACCACGCUCCAAACCGAUGAAGUGAAGAACGUACCAUGUGGAACCAGUGGUGGUGUGAUGAUCUACUUUGACAGAAUUGAAGUGGUGAACUUCCUGGUCCCAAAUGCAGUGUAUGACAUAGUGAAGAACUAUACUGCAGACUACGACAAGGCCCUCAUCUUCAACAAGAUCCAUCACGAGCUUAACCAGUUCUGCAGCGUUCACACACUUCAGGAAGUCUAUAUCGAGCUGUUUGAUCAAAUCGAUGAAAACCUCAAGUUGGCUUUGCAACAGGACCUGACCUCCAUGGCCCCUGGGCUUGUUAUCCAAGCUGUACGAGUGACAAAGCCCAAUAUACCUGAGGCAAUCCGCAGGAACUAUGAGUUGAUGGAAAGCGAGAAGACGAAGCUUCUCAUUGCAGCCCAGAAACAGAAGGUGGUGGAAAAGGAGGCAGAAACAGAGCGGAAGAAGGCCCUCAUUGAGGCAGAAAAGGUGGCACAGGUUGCAGAAAUCACCUAUGGUCAGAAGGUGAUGGAAAAGGAGACAGAGAAGAAGAUUUCAGAAAUUGAAGAUGCUGCCUUUCUGGCCCGGGAGAAAGCGAAGGCUGAUGCCGAGUGCUACACUGCUCUGAAGAUCGCAGAAGCAAACAAGCUCAAGCUGACUCCAGAAUACCUGCAGCUGAUGAAGUACAAGGCCAUUGCCUCCAACAGCAAGAUUUACUUCGGCAGAGACAUCCCCGACAUGUUCAUGGACUCCGCGGCUGGUCUGGGCAAGCAGUUCGAGGGACUGAGUGACAAGCUGGACUUUGGCCUAGAAGAUGAGCCCCUAGAGGCAACCACAAAGGAUAAUUGAAGAAAAAGAAACAAAAAACAAAAACAUGUAUGCAACCUCUGAUUGUGCAGCUUAGAGAGAUCUUUAUUUUUGAAGAUGAGACAGAGUGCUCCUCCUUUCCACACUACCUUCCUUGACUCUUCAUUACUGUGGUUAAAAAAAGGAAGAAAUGGACUCUAACUUACCCCCUUCUGGGAAGGGCGAGCAGAUGGAGAAUGGUAUUUUGGGUGUAUUUUUAAUUCAGGUAAGUAAGUUGUAUGACUUCUGAUAAGGUGUGUACACCAUAGAUUUGACCUCUGACCUGCAGACACCAACUUUGUCACUUUGAAGCUGGCUUAACUGGGGUUACUGUCAGUAAGAAGAGGGAGGGUGUGGUGCUGCCUCCUCAUGGUUUCAUUUCCUUCAUGGGAAAAUACUCUGCACAGCUCUCUCCCUUGCCUCUAGUGUAGGCAGCGUCUGCUGUGGACAUCAGCUGCAGAGAGCAUUGGCCUGCUGGGCUUUUUGACUGUGAGUGGAUUACUCUAGAGUUAUGCUGUCUUGAGCCCUUUUUAGGAAGAACUUGGUGCUAGGUUUUGCAAGGUUUUCUACACACUAUACUCUGCCCUAGUGUUUGCUGACUAUAUCUCACCGCAGCAGGGCUUGGUCACACCACAUACUCCUUUUCAAUACUUUGACCUGAUCUGUGAUUUGAUUUCUUCUUGAAUAAUCUAUUCAUUAGUUCCACUCAGCAUUAAGAUGGGAACAAACAAGUGCUAUACUAGCUGAUGACGGAGCUCCUUACACCGUUAGCACUGGAGCACUGUUUGGCUAAUUAUGUGUAUGCUUUUGAGACCAAACAUCUUUAUCAUUAUGGAGAUUCUUCUCUGAAGAUCUCUGAACACUGUGGGGGAGAAGGGCCCAACCAGGAGACAUCUAAGUAGUAGUGCCUGUGGCCUACUAUGACCUGUGCUGGGGGUUUGUCUGACACACUGAUAAAGAGAGCUUUUAAAUCCAGAGAGCAGGCAGCCACUUGAGAGUCAACUCCACAGAUGCAAGGCAGUUCAUGCCCCUGCCCUGUGGGCUGCAUUGAAUCCCCGGGCUUUGAUUUUCAUUGCUUAUUAGGAAAACCCAGAGUGACCCUAGGAAAUUGAGACUGGGAAGAACAGAUAGGUAAGAAAGGUAUUUCUUAUCCUGAUAUUGGGUGAGUGCACACAGAAGACUUUUGUGAGGGCAGCUCUGCAGUUAAUUUGCAGACAUGGCAGCACCCUGUGCAGCCAUGGCCAGCUCUAGCUUAGGACUUGGCCUUGUUAGCUGGUCCCCUGCCCCAUCCUCCCCCACACACAAAGCACCUGGUGUUCUCUCUUAGGUGACUACUAUACAUGCUAUUUUCUGGCAUCAGUUCCCACUCAGAUUGGUUUUGUAAGUCAGGCCAGUUUACUCCUAAGUGGCACUAGGCUAGUCAGGUAUUUGGGAAGCAUUCAAUCUGCCCAGAAAGAGGCAGAGUUCAUUGUGCUUACUUCGGAUGUUCCCUUCUCUGUCCUGACUCCUCAGACUGAAAUUUCUCCGACCACUGACCCUGGCCUCACUGUGUACAACCUACAAAAUGUUCCUUGAAAGGACAUUUUAAUGUUCUCAAAAGCUCUUGCAAAAGUGCCCACCCCCCAAAAACCAACUCAUCUUCCUCCCAUUUGUUGCUGCUAAUCACUUGUUGAGAGCAACACGCUGUACCCAGCAUCCUCUCUUCUACGUGAAUGUCAGAAAACACUACUUCAGUGGAAUCAGUGCAGGAGUGAGGGUGUCCCGCCAAACAGUACCCUCCUAGCCUGAGCGUCUCUGUGACUAACAUUCUGAUAUGAUAGCUCACCCCCCAUCACAAAGAGCCAUAAGAGAGUCCUGCUGCAAGUGCUGCCCUCCCACCCUUUAAUGUCACUUCUUUAACAAAACAUAAAUGUCCCCAUGUCAUAACAUAAAUUCAGUAGCUGUUGGUAUCUGUCACAGCAGUAAAAUCAUGGAACUCAGAUGUCUUUUUAGCAUGGGAUACCUAGUCCAUCUGUCUUUGAGACCUUGUUUUUUGUAAUACUAUAAAGUCUGAUUGUAAAGCAUUUGAAUUCUAAACAUAAAAUGUGAUAAGCCUGUGGUUUUGUAGGCAGUGAAGUCAUGGCUGCUAUUUUUAAGUAGAACUUCUGUCAAAAUAAGUAGCUGUUUGUAAAAUUCAGUUUUUAGAACUUUCUCAGAGCACAGCCACCCUGGUAGAAUGCUUCUCACUCACUAAAUGUUGCAGAAGCAAUUCAUAUUCCAUACAGUUUUUAAUCACUUUUCAAUAUAUGGUUAGAAUGUUUGUAAGGAAGCCUAAGUUUAAUAAUUUUUAUAUAACUAAAAAUAGGUGUGGAGGACUCAAUGUGGGCACUGAGGAGGAGGAGGGACACUGAAAGAGGCCGAGUAAUGAAGUGCUCUGAAAAGGGAGGUGUUUCCUAAACGAUCUGUGGGGCUGUGUGUCUUGUGAAGGUGAGAUAGCCAUGCUUACUGACCUGGACUAUAUCGUCUGCUGGACUUUGAUAAACUGCACCUGGACAAUAGCUACUCUGUCUGUGAACUUAACCUACUUCAUUGUCUUCAGUGGGGUUCUAGCCACUGUUUGUUUCCUUAUAAAAGCUGUAAUGGGCAAUCAUGUGUUUGUACCUCCAUUCCUUUUUAUCUCUACUUUUGUCUAAACUGGUGAUUGAAUAGUUAAAGCAAUUUAUUUUCAGUGUGCCCCAAGGGCAUUAAUGAGCCUUUCUAACUGAGAAAUUAUUCUUGUUAUAUUAACGAUUCCAUAAAUGAUACUACUAGAUAAAUUACCUUGGGUUAAUAGCUCCAGGAUUUGUUUCAGACAACACAAAAGGUCUCAUGUGAAUAUACUUACAUCUUGGAUUUAAUUUCAGUCUUGCUAAAUAAAAUGGUUUUUGUCUUUA